AUGGCAGACAUGCUAGUAAAUGGAGCUGCCCACAACCAGAUGCGAUCUUUUAUGGAUGGCAACGCAGGUUACAAUCAGAUCAUAAUGGCAGAAGAAGACAUCCACAAGACAGCCUUUAUGUGUCCAGGACAUAUAGGUGCUUUUGAAUACACUGUAAUGCCUUUUGGCUUGAGAAAUGCAGGGGCUACCUAUCAAAGGGCAAUGAAUUCUGUUUUCCAUGAUAUGAUAGGGCAUUCCUUGGAAGUUUAUAUUGAUGAUGUGGUGAUUAAAUCACCAGAGGAGGGAAACCACAUGACAAAUCUAAGAAGAGCAUUCAUAAGAAUGAGGCAACAUAAACUAAAAAUGAACCCAAAGAAGUGCGUUUUUGGAGUUCAAGCGGGAAAUUUCCUAGGAUUCUUGGUCCACCAAAGAGGCAUAGAGAUCGACAAAAACAAAGCAAAAUCCAUCAUAGAAGCUUUGCCGCCUAGGAACAAGAAAGAAUUGCAAAGUCUCUUAGGAAAAGAACAAACCUUUAAGUGGGAAGAACAGCACCAACAAGCUUUUGAGGAAAUCAAGCAUUACCUCUCAAAUCCACCAGUUCUGUCCCCACCAAAGAGGGGCAGACCACUCAAGCUCUAUGUAUCUGCAUCAGAAAUAUCCAUUGGAAACAUUACAUGCUGCCAUUACACCAUCUACAUCAUUGCCAAAACAGAUAUGAUCAAAUACAUGCUAACAAGACCAAUGCUGAGAGGCAGAAUUGGAAAAUGGACCUUGGCCUUGACAGAAUUUGCCUUCAGAUAUGUUCCUCAGAAAGCCGUCAAAGGACAAGCUGUGGCAGACUUCCUAGCAGAUCAUCCGGGGGAGGAGAUUGAAAACAUGGACUCUUUAGACAUAGCAAAUGCAGAUCUAUUAACCAGAGCUCACACCUGUCUCAACAAUCCUAUCUAUUCAGUUCAUCUUGCACCUUGGAAGUUAUACUUUGAUGGAUCAAAAACUGAUAUAGCUUCCGGGGCAGGAAUUGUUUUGGAAGAACCACUUGGAAUCAGACAUUGCUACUCUUUCCAAUUGGAUUUCCAAUGCACCAACAACAGGGCAGAAUAUGAGGCUUUAAUCAUUGACUUGGAAAUGCUGGUAGAACUAGGAAUCCAAUCUGUGGAAAUUCUGGGAGAUUCCAUGCUAGUUUUAAAACAAAUUGCUGGGGAAUACAAGUGCCUAAGUCCUUCUCUAGCCGUCUACUUGGUGGCAGCUAGGAAUCUUCUGACAGAAUUCAGAGAAGCCACUUGGGAACAUAUCCCAAGGGAAGAAAAUUUUGCAGCCAAUGAAUUGGCUCAGGUGGCAACAGGCAUACAAAUGCCCGAAGAUUGUGUACAAAGAAUCAUCAGGAUAGGAAGAAAAGCCUACCAUCUGUUCUGA